AUGGCAGAUCCCAGAAUUAGACAAAUCAAAAUCAAAACUGGCGUCGUCAAGCGUAUAGCUAAAGAAAAGAGUUUGUACGAAAAAGAGGCUGAACAACAAAAGAAUAAGGUACAAAAAUUGAAGGACGAAGGCCAAGACGAACACGAUAUAAGGAAGCAAGAAGAAGUACUUCAGGAAUCGCUGAUGAUGGUACCUGAUUGUCAACGAAGAUUAUUAAAAGCACAUGCAGAUUUGAAGUCAAUAUUAGAAAGCGAACAAGACUUGAAAGAAAACGAAGAUUAUAUUACCGCAGAGCAAGUGCUUAAAGAGGCAGAAAACCAACUCCCUGAGUCGGCAUAA